GCCCUGCGCAAGGAGCUGCAGACGUGGAAGGUGGACGUGGUGCUGAACGACGGAGCCCCCAACGUGGGAGCCAGCUGGGUGCAUGAUGCCUACUCCCAAGCCAACCUGACCCUCAUGGCCCUGAAACUGGCCUGUGAGUUCCUCUGCAAAGGCGGCUGGUUCAUCACCAAGGUUUUUCGUUCCCGGGACUACCAGCCGCUCCUCUGGAUCUUCCAGCAGUUCUUCAGCAAGGUCCAGGCCACCAAGCCCCAAGCCUCCCGCAAUGAGUCUGCUGAGAUCUUCGUGGUGUGCCAGGGUUAUCAGGCUCCAGACAAAAUCGACAGCAAGUUCUUUGACCCAAAAUAUGCCUUCAAGGAUGUGGAGGUUCAGGCUAAAUCUGUUAGCGAGCUGGUCAGCAAAAAGAAGCCAAAGGCAGAAGGCUACGCAGAUGGCGACACGACCCUCUACCACCGCUUCACCCUCAUGGACUUCCUCAAGGCUCCCAACCCUGUGGACUUCCUCUCCAAGGCCAAUGAGAUCACCCUGGGAGAUGGUGAGCUGGAGAAUCACAGUUCCACCACAGAGGAGCUGCGUCAGUGCUGCAAGGACAUCCGUGUGCUGGGACGCAAAGAGCUGAGGUACUGGGGGGGACUGGGACAGGGUUUGCGGCGUUUCUUGGCCAAAAAACUGAAAGAGCAAGCGAAGGAGCUGGAUAUCAACCUGAGCUCCGGUGAGGAGGAAGAAGGUAAAGAGGAGGAGGAGAAAAAGGAGAAGAAGACGUUGCCAAAAGCCACAGCUGAUGAGGCAGUGAAAGAGGAAGAAGAGGAGGUAGAGCAGGCGUUGGCGGAGAUGAAGGCCAAGGAGCUGGCAGAGUUAAAGAGAAAGAAAAAGAAAAUUCUGAAGGAACAGCGGAAGCAGCGUGAGCGUGUGGAGCUGAAGAUGGACCUCCCUGGUGUCUCCAUCGCUGAUGACAAUGACACCAGCAUGUUCUCCCUCCGGACUAUCCACAAGACCCCGCUGCUGAAUGAAGUGGCCCAUGGGGACAUGGCAUCGGCAGAUGCCCUUUUGGAGAUAGGACCAGGGGACGAUGACAUUUAUGUCUCGGAUCAUGAGGAAGAGGAUGAUGUGUCCCUGGCCAGUGAUUUGGACCCAGAGGAGCUGCUUGAGAUAGAGGCCCGUCAGCGCCAGCUGGAGCGGGAGAGGCGAGAGCAGCGUGCGAAGGGGGGGAAGUUUAAACGGAAGGAAGAGAAGGAGGAAGAAGAGGAAGGAGAGAAUCCCUUGCUGGUACCCCUGGAGGAGAAGUCGGUGCUGGAGGAACGGCAGACCAGCCUCUGGUUCGGGAAGGAUGCCUUUGCUGGCAUCGAGGACGAUGCGGAUGAGGACCUGGAGCUGGGGCAGUCGCAGAUGUUGGCUGAGAGACAGCGCGAGGCUCGGAGAGACAAAGCCAGCAGGAAAGGGCAGAAGAAGCAGAUUCCCGAGGAGGAAGCUCCAGCUGAGCCCCCACCUACCGCAGACUCAGGACCUGACGCUGGUAAUGCGCAGGAUGAGCAGAGCAGCGAUGAUGACAGCAGCAGCGACGAUGAGAAGCCACUGACACCGGUGGGGAGGACGCGGCCAUGUUUUUAGGUGGUGCCCAUCGAGAACCCGGUGAAAAGAGCCCGUGUCCUGGACGCUGAGGGCCUGGCGCUGGGUUCUGUCAUCGCCACCUCCAAAAAGGCCAGGCGGGACCUGAUUGACGACUCCUUCAACAGGUAUUCCUUCAAUGAGGAUGAGGGAGAGCUGCCGGAUUGGUUCACGGAGGAGGAGAAGCGGCACCGGUGCAAGCAGAUACCCGUGGACCGGCAGACGGUCGAAGCGUAUCGGCAGCGCUGGCGUGAAAUCAACGCCCGCCCCAUCAAGAAGGUGGCAGAGGCCAAGGCCCGCAAGAAGCGGCGGGGGGGGGGGGCGAUGCUGAAGAAGAUGGAGCAGAUGAAGAAGAAAGCAGAGGCCGUGGUGAGCACGGUGGAUAUCUCAGAGAGGGAGAAGGUGGCCCAGCUGCGACGCAUCUACAAGAAGGCUGGGCUGGCCAAGGAGAAGCGGCACGUCACCUACUUGGUGGCUAAGAAAGGCGUCGGACCCCGGGUGCGUCGUCCUCCCGGCGUCAAGGGCCAGUUCAAGGUUGUUGACAGCCGCCUGAAGAAGGAUGUGAGGGCUCAGAAGCGUAAAGAACAGAAGAAAAAACGCCAUUAG